AUGCGAGAUUUUGAAAGGACCGGCGAUCAGAGAGGUGAGAGGAUUUUUGGGGUUGGAAUCUUCGGGAAAAAAACUUGAAAAUUGAAAAGAGAAGCGGAUUUCAGAGAAAGUUGAGAAUAUAAUUUUCACAAAAAUUCACUUUUCACGCGAAGUUUCCAAAUUUUUCUGAUAUCUUAGCCCGAAAGAUCCAGAAAUUACUUACUUCCGAAUUCGAGAAACCUCACGAUUUAUUUUGCAAAAAAAAAAUUGAAAAUAAAAUCUUUUGCUAAAUACUUUCACGUCAAAAAAUUUAAAAACAAUCUACGUGUUCUGACUUUUUUGCCAAUAUUCGAAUUUUUCCAUCAUUUCUCAAUUGAAAUUCGUCAGAAAAUAGGAAUUCAACAAAUUUUCUGUGAGUUAAAAAAAAUCCAGCAAAGAAAUUUUUCACUUCAAAGUUUCAAAGUCCACGUGGUUUCCUAAUUUUUCCCUAAAAAAAUCCCCAUUUUUUGCAGGUUUCAAUUAUUUCGAAAAUCCACUCGAUGAUGUUUAUGAAAUAUCCCAACAAAAUGCACAAAUUUCUCCAAAUUUUAACACAAAUCACAAUAAUCAACAACGACGGCAGCAGCAACAAAAUCAUCAUUUUAACAAUGUUAGUUGAGAUUUUUGGGACACGCAUUCUCAGAAACAACCAAAUUUGAUGAUUUUUUUGUUCACACAAAAAAAAAAAUUUGGAUCACGCGAAAAAAGUUUUUUUUCGAUUUUUGUUUUUUUUAACCAAUUAAGCCCUAAAUUUCUGGGAUUUCAGUUUGUGGUUAGUAUUGCCACGUAUAUGACAAAAGAUACGUGGCAAGAUUUUUAUCAGGUUGAAAAAAAAACAAAAAUCGAAAAAAAAAUCUUUUUCGCGUGAUCCAAAAUUUUUUUUGAUGUGAACAAAAAAAAAUCAUCAAAUUUGGUUGUUUGGGAGAAUAGUACUAUUUUUGGGGGAGGAACAAAAUUCGCAAAAAAAUUUCACUGUUUCAAACCUAUUUCAUUUAAAAAAAAGCGCCAACAAUUUUUUCUCGUUCUGAACGAAGUAGCAUCGAAACAUUUUUUCGAAAGAAAAUUAUCGAAAUUUUGAAACAGUGAAUUAAAAUUUUUUCUUCACAAAAAUCAUCUGAAAUAAAUUGAUAACGUGGAUUUUUUGAGUUUAAAUUUUUGACUGUUUCAAAAAUUUCAUUUUGAAAAUAUUGUGUAACAAAAAGAAUAUUCUCAUUUUUUUUGCAGAACUCUGAUGAUUUACUAAUCGAUACGUAUGAUAUUCUACCAGAUUUCAACCCUCAAAUAUCAUCGAGUCAACCCGGUUCUUCCGAAUCGGUUUUGGUUGAUUUACGAGAAGAUGAUGAUAUUCAAGAGGCUAGAAAUACUGCGGCGAGAAAUAAAAGUCCCACAUCAAAUUAUGUGAUAACAAUUUUGAAAACUCGAAUUGGCGGAUUGAAAUUCGAUAGAAGAGAUGGAAAAUUAAUGGGACCACGACAUGUUUUAUUGGAACCUGGAUUAUUAUUGAAAACAAUAAAGGAAAAUGAUUGGAAGAUGGAAAUUAUUUGGAAGUUAGAAAAACCUGGAAUGUUUGCGCCAAUGGAGGUAGGUAGAGAUUUUUGGGAGGAUGUGGGAGAAGAUCUCAAAAAACAUUUUUGAAACAGUAGAGUUUUUCAUUGUCGUGAAAAAGAACGAAAGUGAAGUUUAUUGAGAUUAUUUUGAAAUUGCCAGUUUUUUGUCCUAUUAUAAUUUCAGUGUAAUAUUUACUGUAACCAAAUUCUUGAAUUGAAACAUUUUUGAAACAGUGAAAUUUUUAUGAACCAAAAAUUCAAAACUUUGCAUUAUAUUAAUUCCAGAAGUUUCAAGUUCACCUAAUCAAAACAUGAAAUUUAGAAAAAAGUAUUUCGAAAUCAUCUGAAACAGUGACAUUUUCUGAUGCCACGUGGAUUUGUUGUUGUGUUAUGGUUAAUUAUUACUUAAAUUUUUAAAAUAAGAAAUUCUUUCCAAAAAACUUGAAACAGUGAAGUUUUUGUAGAUUUUCAUUAUAACAAAACUUGACCAAAAAAUAAAUGAAAUUUUCAAUUUUUUGCAGGGUUUGGACGACAAUACAAUUUGUGCCAAAGUUUCGAGUUCAGAUGUGAUGAAUGUGACACAAGAACAAGCACUGUAUGUUUAUUUUUCUUUAAUGAUUUCUGAAAAUUUGAAUUUUUCUAGUUUUCCGCCAAAUUAUUUUGAUUCUUACAGCCAGCUCUUAUCACUUUGCCCCGCUGAACGUCUUGAAUUAUACAAUGAUUUUGAGAGAUUGGAAUUUAUCACAAGACUAAAAGUUGGAGAUCCAGUUGUCGUGAAAUUGGUGAGUUUGAUUUUAUUUUUGAAAAAAACAAUAGGCUUGAAAAAAAUUUAAACAAAUUUCCUAUUAACUAAAAUUUCUAUUGAAAUUUCAACGGAAAAAUUAAUUAUAAAGUUAUACUGUUUCAAAAAUAUUGUUUUUGGAUAACUUUUUCGGAAUUUGUUGAUCUAAUUGUUCACGUUAAAUUUUGUACUGAAGCGAAGUUUGACUACUAUAAAUUUUUACUCCAUUUUUUCCAGAAUCCACGCAUACAUAAAAUGGGUCCCCAGAAUCGGGGUGAGGGGCUUAACUUUUUUCAAAAAUCUGAAGGGAAGGGUGCCUAACUUGGCCAAUUUUCUGCUGAUAAUUUACCAAAAUUCCCAGAUUUGUCCAAAAUUCGCUCAUAAAUGUGAGGAAGGUGUUUCACUUUGGAAAAUUUUCAAGGAGGGACCCUAACUUUGAAAACUGACUCGGGGGACCUAUUUUAUGUAUGAAUCCACGUGGCGAAAAAAAAAUCUCGAAAAAUUUCAACUCUAGAGUUUCCAAAUUUUCACCUAAAAGUAUACGUGGAUUUUGAAAGAUUCUAUCUUUAUUUGUUCUUGCUUAUCAAUAUUUUUCGGAAUUAGAUUUAGAAAAAUUUCGAAAUAUUUCUAGGUUAGUUCUAGAAAUAGUGAUAAAUGAGCUCUUUUUCUGAUAAAGAGAAAUUCACUGUUUCAGAAAAAAUGUUGUAGGGUUUUUUAGCGACACGUGGAUUUUGAAAAUUUUCCAAAUUUCGAAAUCCGAUUUCUGAUUUCAUUCUCCCUUUUUUCAAUAAAACCCCACCCAAAAAACCAGUUUUCCUGCGUUAACUAUUGUAAAACUUUAACUUUUUCUCUCUGCGACCAGAGAAAAACGACUUUUUUUUUGUUUUUUUCAGACACACCCUUUUUCAGAUUUCCAGCCUCAAAAAAUCAAUUUUUUCUGACUUUUUGUUCACAAAAAACACUUUGUUUGCUCUCAAAAAUGCUCAUUUUGCUCUCCGAAAUUUUUCGAUUUUUUGACCCUAAAUUAUCGAUUGAUUGUUCCUGUUGUUAACAGAACAACACAAUCAAAAACAGAAAAAUGAUUGUCAACUUUGUUUUGUCAACAUUUUUUUGAGCGUUUUUUUUUGUGAAAAGAAAAGAAAAAAUUCAUCUUGGGGUCAGCAAAAAUGACGAUUCUUUUUUGUUUUAUAAUGAUGUUUUUUGAAAUUUUGGAUUCUGAAUUCGUUGACACGUGGAUUCUGAUUUGAAUUUUAUCAUGUGAGAAUGUGAUCUCAGAAGAUAUAAAAAAAGAGACCAUUUGAAUUUUUCUCGAAAUGCUGAAAGAACACUACUACAAAAUGAUAAAAUGUGGUUCCUUUCAGUUGAGGUUCUUUACUGCUCAAAUUUUAUGUGAUUCCAUUCAUCAAGAACUUUUAGUCCUAUUUGUUGAAAUUACGUCCUUCUUGUAAAUCAGAGAUUAGAAAUUAGAGAGAAUUAGAGAGUAGAUUGGAGAUACAAUAUCAAUUUGAAUACUACUAAAAAUUUAAUGAAUUUUUUUCGAAACAGUAGAUUUUUUUGAAAAUUUUUUAUUCAUUUUUUUUUUCAAUUUUUGGCGUCACAACUAGUGUGUGUAUUUAAUUUCUUUGAAUUCCGUGGGUUAAGAAAUUUAGAAAUUCCAAAUUAAAAUUUUGAAACAGUAAAUAUUUUAAAAAAUGUAUUUAAUUUUGUUCACGUCAAAAAUCCACAUGUCUUUUAUCAUUUCUUAUUUUUUUCGUUCAUUUUGCAGGGUGAAAACAUGCGUCGAAGUGGUCAUAUAAAUUGGAUUGGAGACAGGCCAAAUGAGCACGGUAUUUGGUAUAAUGUGAAUUUUGGUAACAAUGAUGAUGUAAGUUUUUUUUUGGAUGGGAGCGGGAAGGGGGAGACCAAAAACCACGUGGCAAUUUCGCUACAUGAACAAAUCACGUGGAAUUUUUUCCGCCAAAUAUCCACCCACUCACAUCAGAAGACUUCAAGCUUUUUCUAUUUUCCAUUUAUCUUCUCUUUUUUCUCUUUCUCUCUGCCUCUCUCAUUUUCUCACACUCUCUCACAUUUUUCCAACAAAAACCAAAAAAAAAUCCAGUUUUUGUUGGCCACUAAUUUUCUCUCUACAACCAAAAAGUCAUAACUUUUUUUUUGAGAAAAGUUGUUUUGUUUUGUUUUUUGUCUGCUUCUCUCAGUCUCUCUCUCCCUCAUUUUCCCUAUUUUUUCAGUUGUUGUUUGGCAAGUUUCCAAGCAUUCUCUUUUUUUUCUCGUCUUCGUCGAGCUCGUGUUUUUUUUGUGAGCUCUCCAGAAAUAUUGAUUUUUUGAGAAAUUUUCGGUGCCAGAUUUUUGUGCUUUUAUUAACAAGGAAAACUUUAAUGAAAAUUUUUGUUUCAGAAAUUUCGAUAAGCAUUUUUUGAAACAGUGAUUUUUCUAUAUUGAAAUUUUGAUUUUUCAAAAUGAAAAUUGACGCCUGAAAAAUCUACGAGACUAAUUGUUCAAUGCGAAAUUUAUCGUGAAUUUCAUUUUUCCAUCUGAAAAUCAAAUUUUCUCUUUGAAAUUUCUGAAAAAAAUUAUUUCUGGAAUUUCCGAAAUUUUCCACUGUUUCAAAAUUUGUGGAUAUUUUUUCCAAAAAAAAAAUUUGACUCGAUAGAUAUCUGUCGGUUGUUAGACACAUUCAAUUUUAAGUGAUUUUCGGUGCCAAAAAAAGUUAAGUUGAAAAAUUGAUCAAUAUAAAAAUGUUGUAAUUUUGAUUUUAAAUUUUUUAAAUUCUGAAACAUAAGUUUUUUUUUCAAAAUUUCUGAAAAAAAUUAUUUCUCAAUUUUUCCACUGUUUCAAAAUUUGUGGAUAUUUUUUCCGAAAAAAUUCAAACUUGAUUAUGCAAAAAGUUUACAUUGUGACUAAUUUUCUACUGUUUCAAAGAAUUUUGAAAAUUUUUCUCAAGAAUAACAAAUCACUCAUUGACCGAAAUGUACUCACACAUGACAAUUUUUGAUUCGAGAAAUAUCUGGAUUUCCUUUUAUAUUUCCUGUGUUCUCUAUUUUUUCCUCUUUUUUUCCACCUAUACAUUUUUGUGCUGAAAUAUGAUCUUCUAAUGAAAAGUACACAUAUUCUUCUUCUAUUACUUUUUCCCUGUUCCUUUUUCUUCUUCUUUUUUUCCCUUUCGAUUCAAUGAAUAAUUGAACUGCGAAAAAAAGAAAAGUAUAUACUUUUUCCAGAAAAAAAAGUUUUAUAUACUUUUUUUUUACCAAAUUGCAUUUCAUGGCUUCUUCUUCUUCUCGUUUUUUUCAGCCACAAAAAAUAGAGAAAAAAGAGGAAAAACGGAACGUUUUAUUGAUUUGCUUGCCUUUUUUGUUGUUCGCUUGGUUUUUUUCGGCUGUUUUUUAUUUUGAAUAUGAAAAAUGAAUGGGAAAAAAUUUAAAUUAUUUUUCAUUUUUUUCACUGUUUCAAAAAUAUUAUUUGAUGAAUUUCAGUACUUGAAAUAUGCUGAUAUCUUCAAACGACACUAGAGAGAAAGUGACCGAAAUUUUUUGUGCAGUGCAAAAAUUUUGAAAAAAAAAGUUUGGUUUGAAUUUUUUCACUGUUUCAAAAAGUAUAUAUUAGACACUUUAUAAGCCCAACCUUGUUUCUUUCCUUAUUUUUUCUGAUAUUGCAAAAUUGGCGCAAAUUCAACCACAUAAUGAGUUUGGCUAUGUCUACAAUUAUCAUUUUGAAGCAAUCAAAAAAAAUUGAGAAAAUCUUCAGAAAAAAAUCUGAAUUUAAAAUUAAUUUUUGCAGUGUUUCUCUGAAAAUCCACGUGUCAUCUUUCAUUCUCCCCCAAUUUUUUCAACCACAAAAAAUCUGAAAUAUUCUAAAAAUGUCUUCUUUUUUUCUCUGCACUCUCUUCACUCUCUCACCCCCAACUCUGAACUUUAUUAUUAACAAAACAUGCAAUUUUUAAUUACAUUUUCUUUUUUCGGUCAGCGAAAAUCAUUUCUUUUCAUUCUUUUUUUUUCGCUGAUAACGAACAAAUAAUCUAUAAUUAGAUUUUUGUCGGGGCCCAAAAAAUUAAUUAUGAAAUUCAUCAUAGUUUUUGCAGUUUUUUCGUUCACAACACUUUGAUUCAAACAAUUCUACGUAUGAUCGAAUAAAUCGACAAUUUGACACGAAUUUUGGAGCAGCAGAUAUGUCUGGUUAGUUUUGAGGGGGAAAAAGAUUUUGUACUCUCAAAAUUGGUUAUCACGAUGAAACUUGAUAGGUCUAAAUGGAUUUUUUCCCAAAUUUUUUUCUGAGCAAAAAAUUACUGUUUCACAAAAUUCAUCUUGUUUUGGUUGAUUUUUCAAUGUUCUCAAGCUGCAAUUGUUUCUUUUUGAGGUGAAAGUUUCGCCGGGAAAUCUUCAAAAAUCCAGAAGUUUUUCUCGAAAAAAAAUUACUUGUGAGAAAAAUCAAAAAUUUUGCAGGCACUUCUUCUCUGGCUUCAAAUCAUCAACGAAACAAUUAUUACUCGCCAAAUCAACUUCAUAUGCCAAUGAAAGGCGGUGGAGUUCAAGCAUUAUAUGAUAAUAGGUAGGUUGUAUUACAGUAUCUAGACAAUCUACAGUACUUUCUGACGAAAAAAACUUGAGGAAAAAUUAAGAACUUUGAGAAAUUUAAUCACACCUGGCGAGAGAGUGUCCCAAAAUUUUUGUGCAGCGUGGAAAUUUUUGCAAAAAAAAUUGUGCAGCGUGAAAUGUUGACUUUUUGAAAAUUUUCAUCAAAAUCGGCUGAAAAUCAAUGAAAACUACACUUUUUUCGUGAAAAAAUGUACAGUGUGAUCUUUGAAAAUUUUUGUACAGUGUCCAUUUUGGACACGUCUCGUCAGGUAUGAAUUUAAUAUAUCUGUCAUUUUCUGCGCAUAAAAUUGAAAAUUCUGUUUUUGCAGGAUCCCAGUUCGAUUAGAAAAUACUCGUGAUAGAGAAGUUCGAAAUAUUCCCAUAGAUGUUCUUCCACCUUCCAACAAAUCCUCGGAUUCCCGUCGUUCUCGUUUCAACGACACUCCACCCGAACACCCGCCAAUUCCACCAAGUAGAUCAAAAAGUGUUCAUAAUAUGUCGAAUCGAUCGCCUGCGGCCAAAAAUGAACCGAUUUAUGACGAGUCUGGUUUUCGAUGUGGCGAUGCUUGUAUUUGGAAUAAUAAUGGAAUUGAUGAAUAUGGAAUUGUGAAAUUUAUUGGAAGAUUAAAGGGACAUACAGCACUUUAUGCUGGAGUUGAAUUUGUGAGUUUUGAUGGACAAUUUUUUCUUAAAACUUUUUUUCUUGAUUUUUUCCACAAGAAAAAAAAAUUCACUGUUUCAAUAUUGUAGAAAGAUUAUUUUUAUUUAAAAAAAUCUACUGUUUCAAUUUUUAUCAUGAAAAUUUUAUUAAAAAACUUAUUGAUUAUUUUUUCCAUUUAUCAUUUUGAAUUUAUUCUCUCAAAUUUCGAGAAAUUUUAUUAUUCUUUCUUAUCGAAGUUUCACUGUUUCAAAAUUUCUGAAACUUCGUUCAUUGUUUCCUAUAUCAAUAAAAUGCUUCACACAAACAAAAUUCAAUUGUUUUUUUCUAGAAAAAUCGAAUAGGCGCUGGAACUGGAAUCUUCAACAAACAACAAUUAUUUACGGCUCGUGAUGGUCAUGCUGGAUUUGUCGAAUUAUCGUCAUUAGAACCUGUUCCAGGUCCGAUUCCAACAUCAAAUACAACAAUUUCAAUCUCAUCAAAUUCGCGACAAAAACCAACUGUUUCUGGAAAUGGAACAAUAAGUAUACCAGUAUCAAAUCGAAGUUCAAAUUCAAAUCCAAAUCCAGAUUCAUAUCCAUAUCAUCCACCAACUUAUACACCUCCUUCGCCACCAAGAGCACAAUCUGCACAAUCGACAAAUCAUCUUCAUCAACCACCACCAAUUCCACCAAAACCAUUUUCGGCGGUUGAAGAUUAUUUGAUUAAUUCAUUUGAUAUUGGUGGGUUUAUUGGGGAUUUCGGGGAAUGUUUUUCUCUUGAAAAAUUUACUGUUUCAAGAAUUUAUGCUAAGGCUAUAACGCAGAACAGGCCCCCACCCAUAUUAUUUUAUGCCCCUGAUUCGGAACUAUGUUACAGGCUCCCCCCCAAGCGGAGGUUUUUCAAAAAAAAAAUAUGGAAAAAAAUUAUAUUAUAGAGAAAAUAACAAGAAAUAUUUUUUUGACCUACCCGCCAAAAUUGAAAGAAUUGCAAGGUGCAAAUUCUUGUUCAGAAGGGCUGAUUCACGAACGAAAAAAUGUUUAAAAAUGUUUUUUUAACAUUGAAAGAUCAAUUCACGAAAAGUCAAAAAAUGUCGAAAAAACAUUGUAGGUCAAAAUUAAUUUUUCGAGUUUUUCAGCCAAAAAUGAUGACAAAUCGAUUUUUUUCAAGCUUCUGGAGUAAUUUCUGAUGAAAAUUGACUUUGGAAUUCACUUUCCAGAAGGUUUUGUUGAUUUUUCGGAAAAUAAAAAUUUUUUUUAAUUUUAAUGAAUUUCGAAAAAAUUCAUAAAAUAAAGCAAAAUAGGGUUCUCGAAGCUUAUUUUCAUCAGAAAUCACUCCAGAAACUUCAAAAAUAUCGAUUUGUCAUCAUUUUUGACUGAAAAACUGGAAAAACUAAUUUUGACCUACAAUGUUUUUUCGACAUUUUUUGACUUUUCGUGAAUUGAUCUUUCGAUGUUAAAAAAACAUUUUUUAACAUUUUUUUCGUUCGUGAAUCAGCCCUAGAAAAAUUGGCAAAAAAAUCAUUCUAAUUUUUUUAAAGCUUUUUUUUUAAAUGUGGGGGCUCAAUGGAGUUUUGAGCGGUAAAUAUAAGGUGGACAUUUUAAUAAUUAUAUUACUAAUUUUCGCCGAAUGAAAAUUUACUGUUUCAAUUUAAAUGGGAAAUUCAGUUUGCUGCGAUAUUGAUCCGAAAAUUGAAAAAGAUUAGUUUCCCACGUGGAUAUAUCUGACUGUUUCAAAAAGUUCUUUUCAUGAAAACAAUUUUUUGGAUAGAGUUUUGAUCAGCCUGACAAUGAAUAAUUAUAAAAUCACAUUUUUCUGAAAUGUUCACUGUUUCAUUGAAAAACAUGAAGAAAACACAUUUUUCUUGAAAACGGAUAGCAAAAUUUUAUAAUUGAAAAAUUCACUGUUUUAAAAAAUUAUCAUAAUUUAUUUUUUCCAGAAAAUUUCCAGAAUUUCUCUAUAAUUUCCAAAAAACUGUGUUGAGUAGUCUGAAAUUCCAAUUUGAAACUAAAGUAUUUUUUUAAUUCCACAUUUUUUUGUUUGAAAAAUCUACUGUUUCAAACAAAAAAUAAGAAAAAUCGGUUAGCUUUUCAGUAUUACAUAAUGCAGAAUUCAAUCAAAACCGUACUUUUUUACAGGUCAUCGAGUUAUCAUAAAUCACCUCGGAGCACAAAGAGAUGGUAUUGUAAAAUGGCUUGGCGAUGCAAGAAAUGAACAAAAUGAUGGAUUAGAACAAUCAGCAGUUGUACAAUUAGAUGAUUAUUAUAAUCCAACACAAAAUCAAAUACCAAAUGCGUGGCGACCUUCUGAUCAAUAUCCAAAUUCAGUAUUAGUUCCACUUUCAAGUUUGCAUCGAAAUCGAAUUGCGAAUUCAAUUCAAGAUAAUUAUGGGACAAAUAGUGGAGGAGUGCGGAAAAAUAUGGAAGAAUUUGGAAUUCCGGAUAGCGGAAUUGAGAAAAAUCGAAUUGGUCCGGUUAAAGAUUCGGAAAAAUUGAUUGGAAGACAAAAAGGAAUUCAAGGUUUUGCAAAUAGUUGUUAUCUUGAUGCAACACUUUAUGCAAUGUUUGUACAAUCCACCAUUUUCGAUUCGCUUUUGGAGAAAAAUUUGAAGAGUUCUCCGGAAAAUCAGAAAUUUCAAAAACAUUUGGCACAUGAAAUUGUCUUUCCUCUCCGCAAAAAUCAUUAUGUUCGGGCUGAUCAUAUUAUGAAAUUGCGCCAGAUUUUGGCACAACUUAUGCCGCACAUGACCGGAUUAACAAAUGAGGAAAAAGAUCCCGAAGAGAUUUUGGAAUUCAUUUUCUCGAAAAUCUUCGAUGCACCGCCUUUUGUUCGAUUGAGCAAUUCGAAUUCGGGAAAAAGUGAUUCGCAAUAUUUGGUACCGAUUGUGGUGGAUUCGGAUUGGCAAGGUGGAGCUGUGACGUCACAACAUUUGUUGGAAAGACAUUUGAAAUCGGCACAGGUUCAAUUUUCUGCUGUGCCGCCCGUUUUGAUUAUGCAGGUAAAUUUUUGGGGGAAAAAUGGGAGGAGCGAGGGACUUAAAUGUAUCUAUGUAACUCAAAAAAUUCACUGUUUCUAAAUUUUAAUAUUUAAAGAAAAAUUAAUUUUUUUUGCCAUUUUCUUAGAAAAAAAAUCACUGUUUCUAAUUUUUUUGAUUAGAAAUUCAUGGAUUUUCAAAAAUAUUGAUUUCCCCGAAAAUAUUACGUUCUAAAAAUUUUAUAUGCAAGCAUUUCCGGAUAAUUUGUUUUGUGAAAAAUUGUUCCAAAAUUUUCAGUAUCCGAAAUUUUCAAACUAAUAGGCUAGAACGCGAAAUCACAUUUUUUUCCAAGAAAAUUAUAUUUCUGAAAAGACAAAAAAAUUCACUGUUUCAAAAUGUUUCUAAUAAAAAAUUUUGGUUUGUGGAAAAAAGAUAUAAAACAAUAUUUUCAGCUUCCGCGAUAUGGCCAACAAAAACUAUUCGACAAAAUUUUGCCACUCGACAAAAUUGACAUAACUCCAUUUGUUGCUAAAAGUGUUCCAGCUUGUUCUCAAUGCGGACAAUCGGCUGAAUGCUAUUGUCCAACUUGUUUUUUGACUCGAAGAGUCUUUUAUACUGAUGUAAGCAAUUUUUUGAUGUUUUAUUAGAAAACUUAUUUUUUUUUAUUGCAGAUAAUUUACUGUUCGAAAUGUUUCCGACAAUCUCAUUUACUUGCUGAAAAUGAGGAUCAUCAAAAAUCGGAUUUAUCAUAUCCAAAUGGAAAAUUACCAAAGAAACCAAGUAGUCAUAAAAUGGUGAGUUUUUGGGAAUUUUUGAGAUUGGGAAUGUUUUUUUGAAAAUUCUUGGGAACCUAAAAAUAUACAGUUUCAUGGAAUUUUUUUUUACUGUUUCAAAAUAUGUAUGUUAGCAAAAUAUGUAUGUCAGGGUUUCGUUAUCUUUGAAAUAAUUUGAAUUUUCAUUUUCUGAAAAAAUCUACUGUUCCAAAUUUUUUAUAUAAAGAAUCUGUAUACUUCAAUAAUCAUAAUCCAUGAAUAUCCAACAUUUAUUUUUCGAAUUUUCAGAAUUUGACCGCAAUUUUAUGCAUCGAAACAAGUCAUUAUGUUGCAUAUGUGAAAACAAUCAGCGGAAAUUGGAUAUUUUUUGAUUCAAUGGCGGAUCGAGAAGGACUAUCUGAUGGUUUCAAUGUUCCAGUUGUUCGAGAUUGUGGAGAUUUGUCGAAUUUUUUAUCGAUUGUUGGAUGGAAUCGAUUGAAAGAAGCUGAUGAAACUGGACAAUUGAAGGUUUGUUCGGGUUUUUUUUUGAAGAGGGAGGUGUUUGAAAUUGCUCAUUUUGUGACAGGGGAAAUUAUGGAUAUAUUUGGGUUUUCUAAUACAUUAAACAAUUUCACGAAAUUACGGUGAUGUAAAUUUUUUGAGUAAUCCGAGGUUUCAAAAUAUUUGCAAUUUUCAACCGUAAUUGCCACGUGGCACUUUCCAAAAAUCAAUCAAUAAUUAAUUCUCUAAACCUCUAUUUUACAGUCAUUAUUUGGUAAACAAGUAAUUGAUCCACUUGUUGAUCGUCUUUUGUCCGAUGGUUAUAUUUGUUUUUACGAAGAUGCCAAUUCGAAUUCUUCUUCAUUUUCUACUGAAAUGUUUAACUUGUCUUCAAAUUCCACGUCAUCGUCCGGUUCACAUUCAUUUUUAAAUCAAAUUAAAAAUAAAUUAAGCUAG